AUGGCUUCGUUCUGCGGUUUGAAGUCCACUUGGGCGACGGCCUUGCUGCUUCUCCCACAGUUGAUCACUCCCACAAUUGCAGACAACUCGCAGACACCAUAUGCAAAUCAUAUCUUCAACGCGAUACAUUCUUCCAUGCGACAAUGGGGCUCCUCUCUCAACCACAAUGGCAUGUCGUUCUUCCUAGCGACUGUCCCUGAAGGUACGCAGCUCUACCAUGGGGAUCACCGUCGAGAACCCAUUACCGGCACAGAAUGGCUCGCCUUUGAGGCUGAGCAUGCCCUGGUCUUUGCAAACCCGUUCCCUCACGGUCCGCCGCCGCCUCCAGACCAUGACGGCGACAGAAAGUAUCCACGACCACCUCCACCACCUCCACGGCCACAUGAACUCAGAGACGACGACCCCGCUGGCGGCUGGCUUCAUACCUACACGGCGGCGAAGGACCUGCGCCUGUUAUACAUCGACGGAAUGUCAGCCGGGAAGACAUCAAACGGGACCAUGGACUCGCAGGAUCGGAUCCUGCUCCGGGAUGCAGUGUCCGGCCACGCGGAAAAAGAACGCGCAGAGCUGUUUUGCCGCAGGGCGCGGGAGGAUUGGGACGACCGUCUCGACGGCGUCAUUCGCAUGGAAGCCGGCUUUGAAAUCAUCCUGUGUGAUUUCGCGCGCGACUUACGGCUAGUCCGCGUUACUCAGGCGAAGCGGAAACCUCUCGACAAAGGUGGUCGCGGACCACCCAAAGACCCGCUGGAUGGCGCGAAGCUCUGGAUCAAGGCCGUCGCAGCGCGGUACCAUGGCAUCGGAGGGAAACGCGUAGUUCUGAAUUACGAUCAUUUUGUUACGGCGUACGCUUACGGACUGGACUUGUUUCACUCGCCGGAUGGGGACAGGCUGGCACUGCCGCGGUUGACGCAGCUGUCGACGGAGGACCUGGAGCCCAUCCGAGCCGAUGUGGACCGGCUUAUCAUGUCGCAUGACCCGGAAGAGGCCUCGACCGACUGGCAGGCCAUUGCGGAUAUGGUGGUGGAGCGGUAUGCACGUGAGCUCAGGUAUCUCGCGUCGGGGCAGCUGUCGACCGUGGCCAACAUCCAUGAAGCGGUUGAGGGUUUGCUGGGCCCCUUUAUCGACUACAGUGAUCGGAACGCGACGUUGGAGGUCGACCGCUGCGCCAACCACUUCGUUCCCGCGGGCGCGUCCAAUGGAACUGCUGGGGCCGCCGUUCGGUCCGUCACCCACCGCAUCUGUGCAACCCUGAGCGAUACCCUGAACCAAGCGGACUACGACACCGCCGUCGCGGACAUUCGCCGUCUGAUGGAGUAUCUCUCGUGGACGACGUGGAAAGAAUGCAAUGGAUGCGCGGACAAUGAGGUCUGCGUCGUGCCCAUGUGGCCGAUGGGCACCGUCGAGGACUAUCAACAUCCGCAAUGUCGGGAUCCAGAAAAACCAAAUGGAGGCGGCCGACGGUACUGGGGCAGGCCCGGACGUCCUCCGAAGAGUCCUCCGAAGCCCAUGGCCGCUUCCUGGAUGCAGCGCAUGUCGCACUCGCUGCAAACGAUCCUGCGGUAG